CUAGCUAGUCCGCCGUCCGGUCCCCUCUCCGGAAACCUCCUCCAGCUCCAGCGAUGGCGCGGAAGAGCAAAGGGAAGAAGACCAGAACCAAAAGAGACCCACCUUCCUCCACCACGGUUCCUCCCCCGCCGCCGGUGGAGACACAGGCUACGGCGCCGGACGUCUCGAUCGACGUGCUCGCCGAGUUCGACAUCUUCAGCAUUCUCCGCCGUCUCUGCCUCGCCGACCUCCUCCGUGCCGCCCUCGCCUGCCACCGCUGGCGCCGCCUGGCCGCCAGCUGCCUCCCUCGCGCCCCUCCUCUCCUCGGCCACUUCUUCCACCCAACCCAAGUCAAUCCCCCGUUCCCGCUGGAGGAAACCAAGGAUCCCGACACCCCCGCCGUGUUCGCUCCCCUCGACGCCUCCUCCCCGCGCCUCUCCCUCGACUUCGCUCCGGAGGCCUUCCGCUUCUACCUCUACGACUCGCAUCAAGGCCUCCUGCUUUGCGAGCCGUCCGACCCCCUUCCCAAGGAGGUCAUCCCCCGCUUCCUCGUCCUCGACCCGGCCACCCGCCGCCGCACGCUCCUCCCGCCCCCGCGCCGCGACACGGUGCCCGAUGACCGCCGCUGGCGCAGCUCAAGGUACUACGUCGGCUCCGCGCUGCUCUCCCGCGCUCACCCGAGCAAGCUCUGCUUCGAGUCUGUCUGCUUCGCCAUCGACGGCGGCCACCCUCGCGCCUGGGUCGCGUCCGUCGACAACGGCGACUGCAGCUGGCGCGCUCUCCCGCGGGACGAGGAUGUCGUGGUCGAUUUCGACCCCUGGCUGUUCGAAGGACGCUGCGUGCACGCCGCCGGGAAGAUAUACUGGCACAUCUGCAACUCUGAGCGCGUGCUCGUGCUGGACCCUGUCACGCUCAGGUUCUCCUACCUGCCGGCGCCGCGCGCGCUGCGAAUCGACGCGCUGGCUGUGUGCAAGUACCGCGUCGGGGAGACGCCGGAUGGCCGGCUUUGCUUGGUCACGGACGGCCAGCAGCAGCUGCAUCUCUGGGUGCGCGGGGAGGGCAGGUCGAGCGACAACGGUUGGCUUCUGGAGAGGAGGAUCGUGGACUUGAGCGCGCUGUGCGACAUGAUUCCUGGCAUGCCCAGCAACCGGAUGCUCAGGACCCAUUGCAUCUGGCCCACCGACAUGGACGCCGGUCGCACAGGGAAGGUGUUCAUCAAGACCUGGGGAUUUGGGCGCUACACGUACGAUCUGCACACCGGCAAGAUGGAGCGCCUGCCGACGCGAAGCGGCAAGGACUAUGCGCACCCCGUCUUCGCCUACUCCCUGGCAUGGCCGCCCACGUUCCUCGCUCCAGAGGACUGACUUCGGCCGUGCGGUGACUUGUAAAGGAACUGGCGCAUCCUUGUUUGAAGUCAGCUCUUCAUAUGCGGGUCACUACUUCCUCAUUGUGUGCCAUCUCUCGAGGGGAAGCUCUGAUUACCUUGUCCUGUAUGAGACCAUUUAAGCAAUCUUUUUUUUUUUGCGGUUCUUUUGAUGCUAUGCUAUCCAAGCGUCAUUUGGAUCCGAUGAUAUUCAGCAAGGCAUACUGUUAAAUUAAAUUAUGCUUGUUUUGGACAAUCC